CUUCAUCUGUAACCGGCAGCGCGAGCCGUGACGAGCACUUCCGCUGGCUGGCUGGUGACGGUGGUGCUGGCUGUGGCGGUGUAGCGGUUGGCGGUGUAGCUGCUGCAGUUGGCGGUGCAGGAGUCUUGUCUGUGGGCGGGGUUGGCUUUGAUACUCCCUGAUUGUGGCCAAGUGGCACCUGCAACAUGGGGGACGACGUCUUUCGGGUGUACCAUGUCAAUCGCUCUCAGUGGAAGAUCCCGGCUUACUUUACUGAUCUACAGCCAGUGGGCAGUGGUGGCUACGGUGCCGUUUGCUCGGCCUUUGACGUUCGCCGCAAUGCUACUGUUGCCAUCAAAAAACUCAAUCGUGCCUAUGAGCUCCCCAUUUUGACCAAGCGCGCCUAUCGUGAGAUCAAGGUUCUUCGCUUCAUCAAGCAUGAGAACGUGAUUGGCCUUCUUGACAUGUUUCUGAGCCAAGUGGAUGUCGACAGCCAACCCGACAUUUAUCUCGUCACCGAGUACCUGCCGGUCGACCUCUACUCUGUCAUGCGUUCUCAGGGCUACCACCCGGUCCUGCUGACCUCAACCCUUGUGGUCGUACGCCCAUUGUUCUUCAGCAAUAUCGUCGUUGAUGCAUCCUGCAAUCUGAAGAUUAUUGACUUUGGCCUGGCCCGUCCAACUGCCCCUGGUGUCGACAAAACGGGCUAUGUCACCACACGCUACUUUCGCGCCCCAGAAGUGUUUACAAAACCGGGUCUCUACGACGCGGCGAUGGACAUGUGGUCGGUGGGCUGUAUCAUGGCGGAGCUGAUCAUCGGCCGAUCCCUCUUUGUGGGCUCAUCGCCCAUCCAUCAAGUUGACGCCAUUUGCCAGAUUGUGGGCAAGCCCAGCGACGAGUUUAUUGCCACCGUCCCGUCUGAAUAUGCACGCACAUACUUGCAGUCCUUGGAGGAUUAUCCGCGCCAAAACUUUCAAGAGAUGUUUGCUGGGGCUGAUCCGGCGGCCAUUGAUCUCUUGGAUCGGCUGCUUCAGUUUGACGAGCGCCGCCGCCCCACGGCGCGUGACGCUUUGCGUCACCCUUUUUUUGCCGAGUAUCACAUUGAAGAGGAUGAGCCUGUGGUCAAGGAUGGGCAGGUGUAUGAUGCGACAUAUGAGCGGCUCGACCUGGACGUGGCUGGCUGGAAAGCAGAGCAAUUUCCAGAUGUUCCCCUGGCCCUGAUGACACCAUCCGCUCAGCAGACAUUUGUCGCUUACCAACAGUCGCUUGUUCAGCAACAAGCAGCCCCGGCGGAGGCCGGCAUGCUCGCUUCCAUCGAUGCCCAACUCGCCGAACUGCGUCAACAGGGCCAAUCAAGCCUCGGCUUUUCUGCAGACGAGGAAGACGAAUUUGUACGCUCCCUCCUCGGCGAAAUUGAAGCCGACGAUGGCAUCCACGACGAGCAAUUUUAG